AUGUCGUGGGAGGCUGUGUCGCAAAAGGCCCAGGCCGACUUAUUGAAUUCUCUCCCUAGCAAGUGGAGGAUUGACCCCGAAGCAUAUGCCUCCGUAACAGAUGUGUCGCACAUACCAAAGACAUGUGGAAUAUUGAGUCAGCGCCAGAUUCAGAUUACGGAGCUCACUGCGACAGAAUUGGCGAGGCGAAUCGCAUCUCGCCAGUUGAAAGCAGUAGAAGUUUUGGAGGCGUUUGCUGCCCGUGCCGCUAUUUCCCACCAAUUGGUCUUCUGUCUCACUGAUUGGUUCCUGGAAGAGGGGAUGCGACAGGCUCAACAUCUGGAUAGCAUCCUUGAAAAAGGAGGCAAACCCCUAGGGGGCUUACAUGGCGUUCCUGUGGCAUUGAAGGAUACUUACAACGUGAAAGGCCACCCGACUACUCGGGGGUAUGUCGUGAAUAAGGAUGACAUCCAAGAUCAUGAUUCUGCUCUCGUGGCAACGCUACGCGCUGCAGGUGCCGUCUUUUUCUGUAGAACCACCAUGCCUCAAACAGGCAUGGUGCUGGAAACUGUCAGUAAUUUAUGGGGCCGCACUUUGAACCCGUUCAACACCAAGCUCGUGGCUGGGGGCAGCUCUGGCGGAGAUGGUGCUCUAGUUGCUAUGAAAGGAUGUCCAAUUGCUCCAUCAUCGGAUAUUGGCGGCUCGAUUCGUGUCCCGGCUGCUUUCAAUGGAUUGUAUGCCAUUCGUCCCACCUCGCUCCGCGUCCCUAAAGCCAGGUGGGGAGGAACAAAGACGGGUCAGAUGUCAAUCCGAGAUUCAGCUGGCCCUGUCUGUCAUUCGGUCGAAGACGUCCGGAUGUUUACUGAAAUUUUAACUACGGAUCCGUCCAACAGAUAUGAUGUUUCUGCUGUCCCUGUUCCCUGGCGAGAUGUGUCACUGCCUAAAAGGAAGCUAGUGGUUGGUAUUAUGAAAUGGGACGGUGUGGUUAUGCCUCAACCACCUGUUCUCAGAGCCAUGGAACAUACAAAACAGGCCCUCAGUAAAGCCGGAUUUGAAGUCAUCGAGUUCAAGCCACCAUUCGAUUGCUGGGAGCUCGCAAAAUGCACGUUUGAUAUCUACUUCCAAGAAGCGGGCGAAGAAACGCUUGCAAAGCUCAAACCCACCGGAGAACCACUCAUCCCGGCUUUUGCCAAUCUGCUGAAGGUCUACAAUGCACGCCACCUUACCGCUCUGCAGCUUUGUCAUCUGAACCUAAAAAUGGGAGAAUACAAAGACCAAUUCACAGAUGCCUGGAACAAGACAAGCCAGUUCACCGAGUCCGGCCAUCCCAUGGACGCCUUGAUUUGUCCCGUGGCACCUUCGGCGGGCGCACCGCACGACUUCAACGCAUACUGGGGCUACGCGUCGAUGUUCAACUUCCUUGACUACCCAUCCACUAUCCUGCCCAUUGCCGAUUUCAAGAUUGAUCCGCGCAUUGAUCGCCUCGACCCCACGUAUCAGCCUUUGACAACGAAUCCGUAUGACAGGGAAUACCAGGCAAUGUAUGAUGCGGAACUUUUCGCCAAUCAGCCGUCUACUGUACAAAUUGUUGGACGUCCCUUUGAUGAUGAGGAGCUUAUAGAAGUUACGGCUGAGAUCGAUAGGGUCUUCAAGGCGACUGGGGAGGUCAAGUCGAAGCUAUGA